ACACACAAACCACAAUCGACGCCCAGGAAUCGGUCGUGAGAAGGGAGCCAGAGUCUGGGAAAACAGGAAAGCAGAAGGAAAACAAAAAGGGGAUUCCCCCUCGUCACAUCAAGGACAUGCCUUGGCAAGGACCUCGACUGCUGUGGCAGCAAUGCCGACGGAACUGGCGGACUUUCGGAUGUGGCAGUGGCAGUGGGAGCCCGAGAAUCCAGCUCUCAAGUGCUUGGAGUCGAUAUCAAAGGAUCCCAUAAUUCGGGCUUAGUUCUUAUCGCUUUGCCCAGCUAGAAUAUCUCUCAAUGAACCUAAAGAAUAUCAUAGCAACAUCAUAUCAAUCCAUAUCGAUCUAGACCCUAUGAUUAGUUAAUUGUUUUUAUUGUGGCAUUGUUUUGUACUUGUAUUGGAAAACAAAUGUGAUUUUAUGUAAAUAAAAUGAGUUAAUUGUAAUC